AUGUUUAGCACUGCUCCCAUCUACAAGGGUGUGGAUGAAGUGUACUGGUCCUCCUGUGUCUCUCGGCACACUGAGGGCCACGACACGACUGAAUUUGCACAAACGGAGGUCCUUGGAGACCGCGAUGCCCUCGCCGAGCUCCAGGGGGAAACGCAGGAUGUCCUAUCCGUGUUCGUGCUCCAUCCCUGGUAUCGUGGCGCCAAGGUGAACAUGAACAAGGGCGACCAGCACCUGCCCGUGUUCGUGCUGUCGCCUCCACGCUCGCAAUCGUGUUGGCGGCGUCUAGGGGAGAUCCUCGUUCUCGCAGCCGUUGUUGCCCCAGGAGACGACAUACAGUGGGGCAUCGGUGCACACGGCACAAUUACUGGUAAUGCUGUUGUGAGUGUCGGAAGUAACACCUCUGUUCUUGGAAAAAAAGGCUCCUCCCUUGUUGGAGUCGGACUGCGCGUGAAGGAUGCAUCCAAUGUCAUCAUCCGCAACGUGAAAGUCUCCAAAGUCCUGGCUUCUAUUGGUGAUGCUAUCGCCAUCCAGAAAUCAAGCAGGGUCUGGCUUGACCACCUGGACUUGUCCAGCGAUCGUGACCACGACAAAGACUUUUACGAUGGUCUCCUGGACAUCACGCACGGCUUCACGGUUUCUUGGAGCAAGCUCCACGACCAUUUCAAGGCGUCCCUCGUCGGACACUCCGAUAAUAACAAGGCGGAGGACACCAAGAUAACCGUGACAUAUGCCAAUAACCAAUUUGUCAACCUCAACUCGCGCUUGCCUUCCUUCCGCUUCGGCCGCGGCCACAUCUUUAACAACCUCUUCCAAAACCCUAACGACGGUAUUAACACAAGACUUGGCGCUCAGCUCCUUGUUGAGAACAACGUUUUCGCGAGCACGAAGAAACCUAUCUUUUCCACAGACGGCGGAUUCGCUGUAGCCCAUGGCAAUGAUCUCGGAGGGGCGACCAACUCUGCUCCGAAUGGCUCCUUCACCUCUGCUCCUUACUCUUACGCCCUCUCUUCUGUCGCUCAAGUGAAGUCGGCUGUCGCCGCCGGUGCUGGUCAGACACUUUCGUUCUAG